AUGAAUGAUAUUUACUCUUUUCCUGUUGAGGAACAACUUAAUUAUAUUUAAGGUAAAUUCAACAUGUUUUUAGAUUGAGGAUUACCUUAUAAAUGUGAGUAUUUUCAUCCAGGAUUUACAUGUGAAACCCAAAUACUUCACAUGUAUUAUUACUUAUUAUAACAAGGUUUCCGAUCUUAUUCUCUUAGAAUGCAAAAGUCUAUUUACCUGUUCAUUUGUUGCCUUUCCUGAUUUAUAAGAGAAAAGCUUUUUUCAAAAAGUAUAAUUUUCUUAAACUUUUUAAGUCCAAUUAGUACAACAAUUAGAUCAUUAUUUUCAUAUAUAAAGAGUGUGUUAUUUUUAACUUUAAUGGUGUAAGCUAUGAGAUAUAAUUGGUGUAAAUAAGUAAGAUUUCGUAAUACUGUUGAUCCAUUAAUACCAAUAUCUGGUGGUUUUAUAGGAGCUUUUUCUUUGUUAUUAGAAUCAAAAAGUAGGUAAGAAAGUGUUGAUAUAUUAAAAGAGCUUAAGAAAUAAUGUUGAGUAUAGUACCUCGUUAUUUUGAAACUAUUUUGAAUCUAUUGAAGAGAAAGGGUUGGAUAAAAAAUAUUCCUAAAGGAGAUGUUUUUGUAUUUGCAAUGAUAUUAGCAAUAAUUCAUUAUUAUUAUUAACAUGAUGUAAAAUAUAUAGUAAUUAGAUUAGUCAAAGGCUUUAAAAACAACAUAUAGAGGAAUGUUUAGUAAAUUUUGGGGGAAGAAUUGA